AUGAAAUUCUUUAUUGUGUCCGUUUGUGUCCUGCUUUUGAGCAAUGGAAUAUACGCUGAAAUCGAUAAUAAUUCUGUGGAUACACCAAAUGCUAGUGGAUUUGAAAAGUGCCUGGAUGCUGAUUCAAUUUCCUGUCUACAAAUGACGCUCUUCCGUCGUGCCAAAUCAAUCUUUGACAAUCCCCAAAUUGAAGUUUUCGGCGGAGUAUCUCUCAUCAAGGACAACCAAGGUCGCCAAGGCAAAUCACUCGAUGACAACUCCCUAGCUGUCGAAGUCGCCCCCUCAGUUGAAGCACGUACCACCGAAAUGUCCACCUAUUUCAUCAACAGCAUGAAAAAUUUCUUCGCUGAACGUUCAUUGAGCUUCAACUUUGCCAACACCGCCCGCAGCAUUGCUCGUGCAAUUCCAUCUGACAUCAAGGAUGACAUUAAGGAAUUGAUCUCUGAAGCUCGUACUGGCAAGAAGAAGCGUCUUUUGAAGAAAUUCUUGCCAAUCAUUUUGGGAAUUGGUGCUAAAGUCGCUUUGUUGGGAGUUGCUUCAAUGUUCGGUGUCUUGUUGAUGGCUAAGAAGGCUUUGGUUAUUUCUGUUUUGGCCCUUGGUGUGGCUCUAUUGGCUGGUAUUGGUAGCAAAGUAGGUAGCGCUGCCGGUGCUGCUUCUGGUCUAUUGGGCGGACUUGGUGGACUCUUCUCACGCGGAGGCGGUGGUCUAUUGGGAAGCUCAUCGAACUUGGUGCCAAGCACUUCAUCCGGAUGGGAUUCAAACGGUGCUUAUAGCUCACCUGUUGCACAAUCUGUCGCAUACCAAGGUUAUAAACAAGCUAGAAGGCGAUAA